AUAAUUCAAAUCCUGCGUUAGCACUAGAUGGCGCUUGUCGUGCUAAUACUAGAUGGCGCUUGUCGCGUUAGUACUAGAGGGCAGUAGUAUAACAUUCAAGUUAUCACGCUUAUCAAACAGUGCGUAUUAUUCGUGAUUGAAGUUGUUGAAUAAAUUAGGUUAUAGAAAAUUUCUUUUUUACGAGAGAAUUUUAUAAAAUUUAUUAACGAUGUCAGAUAUUCGUACAUAUGAUGAUAGAUGUAAAAAGCGAAAAAAGAAACGUUCUAAUAUGCAAAUGGCGAAAAAGUUUGCUCGUCGAAGAAAUCACGGAACGGAUCUUGAUACGGAAACGUAUCAGUAUAUGGUUCGUAUUUUGGAGUUAAUGCGUGAAGAUUUUCCGAGCGUUGAAGAAAAAUUAAUGUUCAUUAAUAACGUGUAUGAACAAUCUGUUGGUCACGAGAUUGAAUAUUCAAAAAAUCAAGUUGGUUCAAGAGUCUUGGAAUCACUUUUGAAAUAUGCGAGCCUAGAAGCAAUUCAGAGGUUUACGGAUGCUCUCAGUUCUUCAAUGAGACCAAUAAGUAGUGACAGAUUUGCUAGUCAUGUUUUGGAGAAAAUAAUUGUAGUCUGUGCGGACAGAGGAAACAAAUCCAAAAAUAUAUUGGAAACAUCAAAGUCAAAAGAAACUGAAAAUGUACAGGAUAUCGUUAUAGAUGUAAAAGAAUCUGAAGUGAAAUCAUACAAUGAUAUAGUUAUAAAAUUGAGUAAAUAUUUGAUAAAUAAUUUAGAAGAAUUUGUUUGGGAUACAUAUGCUAAUCAUCUCUUAAGAACUGUAGUAGAAUGUCUUGGUGGAUUAAUAGAUACAAGCGAUGGACAGAAUAGAACGAAACAAAUGUUACAUAGUAUAGAAAGACGAGAGAUUAUACAAGAAUAUAAAGAUUUUUUAAUCGAGACAUGUAACAGAUUAUAUAAUUGGCCACAGUUUCUUGAGUUUGGCAGGGAUGAAUUAACCUCAGGAUUGUUACAAAGUAUUUUAUAUUCCUUAAAAGAUAUAGAUAAGAAGUUAACAAAAUCUUUCAUUAAGAAGAUCACAAAGGAAUGUUUUAGUUCUGAAGAUGAUGGAAAAUUAUCAAAUAUUUUUGAUUGUGAAAGUUCUAUAAGACUUUUAGAAGCUUGUCUUGCGAUAGCGAAAUCCAAAUCCUUUGACCAUAUUUAUGAAGAGUAUUUUAAGGGCAACUUAAAAAGUUUGUGUAUAACACAGGGUACUAUCUUUAGUGUACAAAAAUUAUUAGAUCAUUGUGAAUCUAAAGAAACUUUUGAAAAAAUAUUUGAAGAAAUUGAAGCUCUUUUCUCAGAUAUCUUACAAGCAGGCUAUACAGGAGUUUUAGUAAGUGUAGCUAAUGCAUCGAAGAGAUUGCAAACAAAACAGGGUGCAUAUGUAACAAUGAUUAUUAAGAUGCUUGGAUGUGAUACGUCAGAAGAAAAACAAUAUCAAAUUAUAAAAUGUAUUUCUACAUUGAAGAAACAAAAUGAAUUGGAAUCUUUGAAGGAAGAAGAUCAAACUGAAUUGUCUAUCCAUUUGCAUGGAAGUUUGAUCAUACAAGCUGUGCUUAACUUCAAUAAACCUAUAAAAAUUGUUAAUUCCUUAUUGGCUCUGAACAAUGAGCAAUUAUUAAAUUUGAUAAGUAAUCCAAAAGGUAGUCGUAUUAUAGAUGCUUUUAUGGAUAGUAAAUAUAUUGGUGAAAAAAGCAGAGAAAAACUUGCUAAGAAAUUACAAGGGUGCUGGACGCAAUUAGCUCAAAGCACUCAUGGAUCUAGAUGUUUAGAUAAAAUAUGGAUUUGGUCGCAUCAAAAGCAAAGAAUGUUUAUCAUGGAAGAAUUAGCAGCUGCAGGAGAAAUUUUACGUGCCAGUAAAUCAGGAAAAAUUAUAUCGAAUAAAUUGAAUGUAUCUUUAUUUGUCAGAAAUAAAAAGGAUUGGACCGAAUCGCAAGGAAAAGAGGAAAAAAUGAAGGCUCUUUUCGCUGAUAUAAUAAAAAAGCCUAUUACGUAAAACUAGUAUUCCAAAAUAAAAUUUUGAUAAAAAAAAAAUGUAAAUGAUUCAUUUUUGUCAUAUAUUAUGUAUAUUAUAUAUGUUUGUAUAUACAAUAUACAUACACACAUACGUAUUAAAGAAACGUUUAAUUAGACAAAUUAAUUCGCAUCUUCUUUUUUAUUGUGACAUAGAAUAAUUAUAUAUA